UUCACAUAAACCAUUCGCAAAUUCCAAUGGUAGAGGACUCAAAUCUUACUAUUGAUCUCAACUCCAAUCCCAACCAAAACCCUAAUGAAAUUAGUGGUGGAGAAUUGAAGUCUCUUCCUAAAAACAAUCAGGAUUAUGAACUGGUUGAAGAACUAUGUCGAGUGAAAUCCGAGAACAAGAGACUGACAAAUUUGCUGACAAUUGUGAGCACAAAUUUGUGUGAGUGUAAGCAGAUGCAAUACGAGGAGGAAGAGCUGUCAAGAACAAGAAAGAGGAAAGCCGAUGGCAUUAUUAAUAAUCAAAAUCCCCAAAAUAAUUCACCCGAUCAUAUCAUGUGUUCUGGUGAUUUGACAAAUGUGAUUAGACCAAAUACUUCAAUAGUCUAUGUAAGAAUUGAUCCGUCUGAUAUUAGUCUGGUAGUGAAGGAUGGAUACCAAUGGAGAAAAUAUGGACAAAAGGUGACGAGGGAUAAUCCUUCUCCUAGAGCUUACUACAAGUGCUCCUUCGCCCCGGCUUGCCCAGCCAAGAAGAAGGUGCAAAGGAGUGUAGAUGAUCCAAGUCUAUUAGUAGCCAUAUAUGAGGGCCACCACCACCACCACCACUGCCGUUCGGCUCCAGCUGAUUCUUCCGUGGCAUCACCAUCGGGCAGAGGAGCUCCAUCUCCCGGACAGCCGGCACCCGUUCCGUGCGGCGCUAGUGAUGAAUGUAGCAAAUCACAAAGUGGUAGUGACCAGAGCAAUGAAAUCCACCAGUUUUUGGUUGAAAAAAUGGCUUCUUCUUUGACAAGAAAUCACAGUUUCACAACUGCGUUAGCUGCAGCUAUAACAGGAAGAAUUUUCGAUGAGGUUAUAUCGUCGGAAAGUAGUGACAUUAAUAUUUCAAAUUCUAGAGGUUUUUCAAUGUAAUUUUCGAUUUUUGUUAGAGAUUUAGGUACCUAUACUAGAGAAUAAUGUUAACUAUGAUUUGUGUUAUAUAUAGAUGUUCUUCUUGGAUCAA